AUGAGAAGUAAAGGUCAUGCACUGCAAUCGCUUCCAUUUAAUGUAAUGAUGACUCUCUAUAUGAACCUCAAGGAGUAUGAUAAAGUUGAUUCGAUUAUUUCUGAAAUGAUGGAGAAAAACAUCCAGCUUGAUAUAUACUCCUACAAUAUCUGGUUAUCAUCUCGUGGCUCCCAAGGAUCUGAAGAACGGAUGGAACAGGUAUUUGAACAGAUGAAACCGGACAGAACCGUUAAUCCCAACUGGACAACAUUCAGCAUGAUGGCUACAAUGUACAUCAAGAUGGGGCAGCUUGAAAAGGCAGAAGCUUGCCUGAAGAAGGUUGAGAGUAGAAUCACAGGUCGUGAUCGGAUACCUUAUCAUUAUCUUUUAAGUCUCUGUGCUUCUUAUAUUAAAGACGGGGACUUUGAGAAAGCCCAAAGUUUCUAUGACCGCAUGGUUGAUGUAGGAGGAAAACCUAAUUCGAGUACAUGGGAGACCCUUGCUGAAGGGCAUAUUAAAGAGCAGAGAAUUUCUGAGGCAUUAUCCUGCUGGAAAGAAGCUUUUUCUGCCGAGGGAUCAAAGAGUUGGAGGCCAAAGCCCGUAAAUGCGUCUGCCUUCCUUGAACUCUGUGAGCAAGAAGCCAAUUCGGUAAGCAAAGAGCUUUUCAUGGGACUUUUGAAGCAGUCAGGACAGCGUAAAAAUAAGUCAUAUGCAUCACUUAUAGGCUUAGCUGAUGAAGAUGUUAGUGACGAUGAUCUAUCAUUAAAGAAAGAUAGAACUAACAUUACAAAGGACGAUGAUGAUGAGAAAGAAGCGGUAGCUGGGUGUAUGCAAGUUGAAAAGUUGGAAGUGCCUUCAUAUCAGAGUGAGUUUAGAUGGCAGGACUACUCUGCAGAAGAAUAUCUUGGUAAUUGGCGUGACUAG